AUGCCUCUCUCCGGCCACUGUCUCUGCAAGGCGGUCACCUACACGGUCGACGUGGACGCGCCUCUCAUCACCGCCUACGACCACUGCGAUGACUGCCAGCGCCAGAGUGGUUCCACCUACUCCCUGGUCGCCGUCGUCCCCAAGGACAAGCUGACCAUCAACGGUCCCACCAAGAGCUGGGCCGGCAAGGGUAGUUCCGGCCACGCCGUCCACCGCAUCUUCUGCUCCGAGUGUGGCUCCCCCAUUGCCCACGACCCCGACGCGGCCCCGGAGAUCAUCGCCCUGAAAGCCGGUACCCUGGAUACUGACAUCAAGAAGACGCUCAAGCCGGACACCGAGAUCUGGACCCAGAGCAAGUUGCCCUUCUGUCAGGAACAUCUGGCCAAGCCAUUCGAGGGAGCGCCAAGAUUCAGUCGACCGGGUGAGGAUCUGGUUCCGAACUUGAUCGCAAGUGGCUCUGUUGGCCAUUGGCAGUAUAGGGCCACAGAAACACGCUCUGGGGGUAGCUUUGACACAUCAUCUACGGUUCUUCCGGAUUCACUGCCUUGCUCGAAUGACCUCGUACCACCUUAUCUGUCGAGCUUCUACCUCGACGGUGAGACGCAAGGCAAUCCCAUCUUAGCUGCUUGCAUGUACCUGGGAACAGACUAUCGCAUCCUGUCUCAAGGUCUGACCUCUGCCACCAAUGAAUCUCCCAUGGUGCCAGAAAUCUCUGAGGGUGCUGAACACACCCCAUUGCUUUCAGAACUAGAGCUUGACAGCGGAAUGUCGGGUCUUUCAGGGUCAUGGAAGUCGAAGCAAGUUCAGUCAAGGUAUCGCUCUUCCAUGGUCUCGGGGCGGCCCGGUGAGCUUUGCUGCUACGGUGGAAGCGACAACAGUGCAAGUGGUUCCGUCGACAAAUCUAUCCCGCUUUAUGACGGUGAAACAAGGUCCAUGCUCAGUUGUAUCUGCGUGGGCAAUGUCCUUGGCCAGCUAGUACAAUCGGACGGACGGUCCAGACUUCAGACAGGGCUUCUCGUGGAAGAGUAUCGUGCCAUCCAAGACGAGGUACUAGUCGUGGCGAACACUGUCCUUCAAUGUCGAAUCUGUUCGCGGUCCGAUUACUGGAUUCAUCUGCUGAUGGUUGUCAUUCUCACCAUUGACAAUUUUCUUAUGAGGCUUGAAAGCAUCUCCAUCGCUGAAGCAGAUGCCGAAAUCAAUGAUUCAAUAUAUGGAGCCGGGAAGGCGGCAAAAAUGCAGAGGCAGAGACCUCUCGCCACAAGCUUCAGAGAUGACAGUACUAAUAUCGGAUCGUCAUCGACGAGCGCAUCGUCGCGGGAAUGCGAGACGAAUACGCACUUGGAUCAGCUCUUCAUGCUUCUCGCUACAGUUCGUAAAAUUCGCGCUCGUCUACAGUUGGUUCUCCCACAGGACUUCUCGACAGGAUCGAGUCUCUGGAUGAUCGCAGACGUAGACCGGCGCUUACAACUGUUGAUCACGAACACCAAAAUUUGA